AUGGCGCGCCACAAUUUUGAGUUGUAUCAAUGGCUAUGAAAAAUGCAACAUCGUCCGGUCUAUUACAAUUAAUAGACUAAGGUGGCUAGGACACCUUGAAAGAAUGGACACUGGAGACCCCCAAAGACAGAUAUUCUAUCAAGAGCCAGUAGGAACCAGGAAGAGAGGCAGGCCAAGAUCUAGAUUCCAAACUCAAGUCGAAGAUGACUUGAGGAAUCUAGGGGUCAGAAAUUGGAAAGCCAGCGCGAAAGAUAGGGGGAAUGGAGACUAAUUCUUGAACAGGCUAAGACCCAGGGUUGUAGAGCCAAAGAUGAUGAUGCAGUACAAUUGUAUAAAAUAGAAAACUAUUAUACAUCAUCGGAAUAUAUAGAAAACAGCAAAAAAAAGUAUGAGUGCACUUUAUCACUACUCUUACUGUAUAGUGCUAGUGAGAGAAUGCAGCGUAUAAUAUUUAGUGUAAUUUUGAAGUCUUGGGAGUUUAAAACCCAGGAAUAUGCCCCUGAUGAAUACUCUAGAGAUGUAGCCCAAUAA